AUGUCGUUUCCGCAAACAACGCCUCUGAGGCCAGUUCCCGGCGCCUUUCUCAACACGCCCGCCGUUGCCUCGAGGUUCCAGGCCGGCUCGGAUCCCGUGCGCCGACAGCUGUUUCCCAUUUCCGAGCGCAGCCAGCCGAGCUCCGUUGCCAUCAGCGCCGCCCCCAGCUCGAUGGCGCCUCCUCCGACGUUGAGCUCCUCGACGUCCGUCACCCACGUCGGCUCAGCCGAGGGCGCCUCGUCCGACUACGAGGUCCCCGGUCCUGAAUCGUCCUGGGCUCCCUUCCACAAGACGCACAUGUACCCCAUCCCGAACCAAGUUUUUGACCACUACAACUCGGGCGAGCUGCAGACUCUCAUGGGGCUCUUUGCCGACAUAAACCACGCCUGGGUUGUCAUCGACAACUCGCUCUUCCUCUGGGACUAUACCCACCCCGAUCCUGAGCUCAUCGGCUUCGAAGACCAGCCUCACACGAUCCACGCCGUCGCCUUGGUUCCACCGAAAGCCGGCAUCUUUGUCAAUACCAUCACCCACAUCCUCGUCGUUGCCACCUCGGCCGAAGUCAUUCUGCUCGGCGUCUCCGCGACCGACACGCCGGCUGGCACGAAAUCCGUCGCCCUCUAUCAGACAAAGAUGGGCCUACCGCUGCGAGGCGCCGACGUCCGACUCAUAACCGGAUCGGCCGACGGCCGCAUCUUCUUCGGCGGCAGCGGCGACAUCGACAUCAGUGAGCUCUACUACCAGUCGGAGGAGAAGUGGUUCUCCAACCGGUGCGGCAAGAUCAACCAUACGAAUCCGGGCUGGUCCUCGGUCGUUGCUCUUCAGUCCGGCUUCUGGUCGCAAAAGACGCCCGAGCACCUGGUCGACAUCGUCAUCGACGACUCCCGAAAGCUCGUCUACACCCUCUCCAACAGGUCGACCAUUCGAACGUACCACAUGGAGUCGCCCGACCGCCUCAACAAGGUGAUUGAAAAGGAAAAGGUGCACUGUCUCCGCGACAUCGCCCACAUGAUCACGCAGUCGAGCCUCCUGAGCGACCGGAUGAACAUCGUCUCCAUCAGCACCAUUUCCAAGCAGGAGGCCUCGAAGCUGCACCUCAUGGCCCUCACCGACACCGGGUGCCGGCUCUUCUUUAGCGCCACGAGCGCGUCGUCGUACCUCUACGGCUCACAGUCCAACAUGGCACCACAGAGCAUGCAGGUCCAGUUCAUCAAGUUUCCUCCGAGCCCGAGCCCCCGCCGAUCGACCCCGUUUCCUCUGUCGGGCCAAGCCGCUGGCAACGAGUUGGUCGUCGACCUGGAAUCACCCAUGCUGAUGGGCAGCAGGCAAGGCGUUCGCUUUGCCCCCGGUUUCUUCCUCGACUUUUUGAGCAGCGAGGGGGAUGCCAACGCCGAUACAUUGUUCAUCUCCGGUCCCGAGACUGGGCGGAUAAAGCGGACGUCCCCGACGGCACCCCUGCGGUACUUUGAGCAGGGCAGCUGGGUCGACAUCGGCAGCCGAGCCGAGGCCGUCGGGCUCAUCACGAAACCGUUUGCCGCCGCGCCGCAGCCGGUUGGUUUCGGCAACGAGCUGGCGGUGCAGUUUGACGAACCACCGAGCGAGUUUGCCGUCCUUACCAACACGGGCAUCCACGUCAUUCGACGGCGACGGCUCGUCGACACCUUUGCCUCGGCCAUUCGCGACGCCCCGGGAGACGAAGCCCUCGAUGCCGUUUCGCGCCGCCUCAUCCAGCUCUACGGUCGCGUGGAAACGGUGUCCACGGCGCUGGCCGUCGCUUGCGGACACGGCGGCGGCGAUGCGCGGCCCGGCGCGGCGAGAGCAUUGGAUCAGGCGACGGAGGAUCGGGCAAGGGGGCUCUUCGUCGACUUUGGCGGCCAGCCUACGAUCACGGAGACGGACGGGGCGGCGUUGACGACCGACUCGGUCCGUCUGUCGUCUCGUCACGAUGCCCUGGUCCUCUAUCUCUCCCGUCUGAUUCGCCAACUGUGGAAGAAGCCUGUGAUCAAGACUGCCGUCUCCCCGGCCGGCGGCGUCGUCGUGAGCUCGACCGUGCCGACCGGUAAGCUGGUCUCGACACAGGAGAACCUUGAGCGGCUGAGGAAGUUUAUGGAGUCGAACCGCGGCUUGAUUCAGGGCAUGUCUGGUCCGUCCGACCUGCUGCGCGUGUCGAGUCGGCAAGAGGAGGUUGCGCUGCAGGCUGAGCACCAGGCGCUGCACGCGCUUCAGAAGCUGAUGGAGAGCAUCUCGGAAGGCAUCUCCUUUGUCCUCAUGAUGUUUGACGAGCGCGUGACGGAUAUUUUUGCAAGGCUGGACGACGCGGCGCGGCAGCAGCUGAAGGACCUUUCGUACGAAAAGCUCUUUUCCCAGGCGGACGGCAAGGACCUCGCCAAGCUGCUCGUGAAAGCCAUCGUCAACCGCAAUAUCGAGAGCGGCUCGAACGUGGAGACGGUGGCCGAUGCCUUGCGUCGGCGAUGCGGCAGCUUCUGCAGCCCAGACGACGUCAUCAUCUUCAAGGCCCAGGAGCAGCUCAAGAGAGCGUCAGAGCAGGCCCCGAACACGAAUCUGUCUCGCAGCCUCUUGCACGAGAGCCUGAAGCUCUUCGAAAAGGUGGCGGGUAGCCUGACGUUUGUCAACCUCCAGACGGCCGUUCGCCAGUACAUCGACCUCAAGUACUACGCCGGCGGCAUCCAGCUCUGCCUCAUGGUUGCCCGGGAAAAGGACAGAGGAAACACGGCGCUCGCGUGGGUCAACGAUGGAAAGCCCCCGAACGACCCUCGUGCCGCCGCGUUUGACGAGCGGAAGCGAUGCUACGACCUCAUCCACAGCACGUUGGAGCACCUCGACGAGGCCUCGAGCAAGGAAUCCGAGUACGUCGACGGUAAGAUGACGUUGAUCGCAACGAAGCGACUGGAGGCAUACGACGUGGUCAACAGUUCGGAUGACGAGGUCUUCCACUUUGGCCUGUACGAGUGGUACAUCCGUCAAGGCUGGACCGACCGCAUCCUCGCCAUCGACUCCCCCCACGUCAUCACCUUUCUCCAGCGGUUGGCGGGAACGAACGUGGAGCACGCGGACCUGCUGUGCCGCUUCUACACCAACCGGAACCGCUUCUUCGACGCGGCCCAGGUGCAAGCCGAGCUCGCCAGCGCCGACUUUCCUCUCGGCAUCAAGGAUCGGAUUCGGCUUCUCAGCUUGGCCAAGGCCAACGCGAACGUGUCGGGGGUCGGCGUGAGCCGACAGCAGCAGCAGGUGCUGAACCGCAACGUGACGGACCUGCUCGAGGUGGCCAAUAUCCAGGACGACCUGCUGGGGCGUCUGAGCAUGGAUGAGAGAUUGGACCCGGAGAAGCGGGCGGACAUUAAGCAGGCGCUCGACGGCAAGAUCUUGGACCUCUCCGACCUCUUCAACGACUACGCCGAUCAAGCCGGGUACUACGAUUUGUGCCUGCUCAUCUACCACACGGCGAACUACCGCAACCCGACGACGAUCUCGGGCACGUGGAGCAAUCUCAUCCAGCAGACGCAUGACGAGAUCACGUCGAGGCUGGAGGAGCUCGAACUGGGUCAACCAUCGCCGCCGAUGCCGUACGAGGUGGUGACGAGCAAGAUCCAGAACAUUGCGCAUCACACGUCGCUCGACAGUUUCGUCUUCCCGGUGCAGACCCUCCUGCCGGAGCUGUGCCGCUACGCGGUCGCCUACCAGCAGGAUGCGACGAUUGGAGCGGACCCGAGCUGGCCGGUGCAGCUGUUUCUGUCCCUCGGGGUGUCGCACGACAUGAUCGUGCGGGUGCUCGAGAGCCUGUUCGACACGCAGGACUACGGUUUCAGCGGCAUGGUUCGCAACCGCAUUAUCGAGUUCAUUGUCUACGUCGUCAACAGCUGGGUGGCGGAGACGCGGCGGCGCGGCGGCGCUGCCAAGGGUGGAUCGAUCGGGCCGUCGGUCGGCGAGCUGCUGGCACGCUGCGAGGCGGCGAUGCCGGCGCCGGGCCAGGGAAGCAACCACGGAGGCGCCGACUUGGCCGACGUGAGACGGGUGCUGCGAACGCUGCGGAGGGAGAUUGCGGGCCUCAUGGAGAGGGUGCCGACGGGCAGCAUGCGGUUCAUGUAG